UUCCCCUCCGGAGAUUCCAAGUUUUUCGCCUCACUUAAAGUUGAGCAGAGCGACUUCCAAAAUUGCUUAAACACUGACUCGUCUGAGAAGGAAAUGCUUUGCAAACAUAACUUCCGCUAACACGCAAUACUUUUUCGCUGUCAUGAUGUGGCUGCCUUACAGAUGCACCUCAAAGUACGCAGUUACCGUCUUCAGAUCUUACUUCCAUGUUUUGAGUCGAAGUAGAUGUAACAUAACGGCGUUCAUGCCCGAAGCUGCGGGCUUUGAAGGCGCGUCGAACCGCUCGGCCCUGCAGGAGUUUUCCGUCUCCAACAGUGAGAGCUUCUGGGCCGCUGUGGCGAGCCAGAGACUGAGCUGGAUCCGUCCUUUCCACACGGUCCAAGACUGUGAUCUGAGCCGAGGCAUGAUAAAGUGGUUUGAGGGAGGAAAGCUGAAUGUGUCCGUGAACUGCCUGGACCGCCAUGUGCACACCUGUCCUGAGAGGGUGGCCCUGAUCUGGGAGAGAGAUGAACCGGGGUCAGAGGUCAAGGUCACCUACAGGCAGUUACUGGAGAUGACAUGUCGCCUGGGCAACCUGUUAAGGCGGCGUGGCGUGAAGAGGGGGGACUGCGUCACCAUCUACAUGCCUCCUUGUCCUCUGGCUGUGGCGUCCAUGUUGGCCUGUGCCCGUAUCGGUGCAGCACACAACGUGGUGUUUGCAGGUUUCAGUGCUGAGGCCCUCGCAGAGCGAAUCAGAGACGCCCAGUGUAGCACCGUCAUCACGGUAAACCAGGGCGUCAGAGGGGGUAAGGUCUCCGAGCUGAAGAAGACAGUGGAUACAGCCGUUCAGAGCUGCCCGACAGUACAGCAGGUGUUCGUUGCCAUGAGAACAGAGAAUCCGCUCGCCAUGACAGCCAAGGACGUUGCCAUGGAGGAGGAGAUGCUGAAGGAGGACACAGUGUGCGAGCCAGCUGCCAUGGACAGUGAGGACGUCUUGUUCCUGCUUUAUACAUCCGGCAGCACGGGGAAGCCCAAAGGACUCGUCCACACUCAGGCUGGAUACCUGCUGUAUGCCGCACUCACUCACAGGUAUGUCUUCAGCUACCAUGACGGAGAUGUGUUCGGCUGUGUGGCAGAUAUUGGUUGGAUAACAGGACACAGUUACAGUGUCUAUGGGCCCCUGGCCAACGGGGGAACCACUGUCCUGUUUGAGAGCACUCCCAUUUACCCUGACCCAGGAAGGUACUGGGAGAUGGUUCAGAGACUUAAGAUAAACCAGUUUUACGGGGCUCCCACAGCGAUACGCCUGCUGCUCAAGUACGGAGACAAGUGGGUGCACAAAUACGACCGCUCCACCCUCAAAACUCUUGGCUCUGUGGGUGAGCCCAUCAACACUGAAGCGUGGGAGUGGUACCACAGAGUGGUUGGGGAAGGACGCUGCCCUGUGGUGGACACCUGGUGGCAAACAGAGACAGGUGGCAUCUGCAUCAGCCCAAGGCCAUCAGACCCUGACGCAGAGAUUGUCCCAGGAAUGGCUAUGAGACCUUUCUUUGGCAUUAAGCCCGAGCUCAUGGACCCUGAGGGAAAAGUGCUGACUUCCAACCACACAUCCGGAGCUCUGUGUAUAGCUCAGCCUUGGCCUGGUAUGGCCCGAACCAUUCAUAACAACCACCAGAGAUUCAUUGAGACCUACUGUCAGCCUUAUCCUGGUUGCUUCUUUACUGGUGAUGGCGCCUAUCGCUCUAAGGAGGGGUAUUACCAGAUCACCGGCCGCCUUGAUGAUGUCAUCAACGUGAGCGGUCACAGGAUUGGGACAGCAGAGAUAGAGGAUGUAGUCAAUCACUGCUCUGCAGUGGCCGAGUCUGCUGUCAUAGGAUACUCUCAUAACAUCAAAGGACAAGGUGAGCAAGAAAUAUUUUUUUUCUGCGUAAAUCAGUCAGAAAAUGUGAUUCCAACAUAAUGUAGUUCACAGGGG